GAUCGUGCCUUGAGGUCUCCACUCAAGGCAACCUCUGUGACUGGGAGACCUUAUCUGAAUCAUAAAAUCCCUCUGCAUAGAGAUAGAGAUGUACGGACGCCGGUUCCGGCGGUGAUUGUAGUUGGCCGGCAAGCAAUCAUAGCACUCGAUGCUCAGGAGUGCGAGUCCGAGCACUCAGAUUUCUCAGCUUCAGGCCAACACCACCAUGGCAGUCAUCACGAUCCCAACGGCAACCGCACCGAGCAGUGGCAUUACUUUGAACAGAUUAGGCUGCAUUUUUGCGAUCACAAGACAUCGCCAUGGCCAUUGUCGCAUUCGUACCUUUCCAGUACUCUGCUCCUCUUCUGGUUCGAACUCAAAGCCACGCCGGGGCUUUGGCCCUCCACCUUCCAACAAGAAGAAGGCAAACAAAGUGACGACCUCUGGUGACAAGCAGGCUAUGCUAGAGAAAAGGAAAUUAUCUACCAAACAGUCUGGCACUGUGAAUAGAGCACCUGCAUUAAGCUUACGAACUGAUGGAAAAUCAAACAGUAUUUCCACAGACCUUCAGUUUGAGGAACGGCUGGAAGCAGUUAAAAGGUCCACACUUGAGCAGAAAAAGUUUGAUCAAAGUAAAGAAUAUGGAGCAAUUGACUAUGAUGGAGCAAUUGACUAUGAUGAACCAAUUGCAUCUGAUCCCAGUACGAUUGGACUUGGCACUAAGAUUGGAAUAGGAGUUGCUGUUGUAGCCUUUGGGUUGGUUUUUGCUCUUGGAGACUUUCUUCCCACAACAAGUGACACUCCCACUAAGGAGGCCGCAGUUGUCCGUAAUAAGCUCUCAGAAGAAGAGAAACAAACUCUUCAGGCUAGGCUUCAACAAUAUGAGGCGAGACUUGCUGCCUCUCCAGAUGACCCCACGGCUCUUGAGGGGGCAGCAGUAACAUUAACAGAACUAGAAGAGUAUACUCGGGCUGCCUCAAUGCUGGAAGAUCUAGCCAAGAAAAAAUCAAAUGACCCUGAUGUUUUUCGCUUGCUUGGAGAAGCUAAAUAUGAACUCAGAGAUUAUGAUGGGAGUGCUGCUGCAUAUAAGAGGUCUGCAAUGGUGUCUAAAACUGUCAAUUUUGACUUGCUGCGUGGCCUUACAAAUGCAUUGCUUGCUGCAAAGAGACCAGAUGAGGCUGUUCAGGUGCUUUUGGCAUCUCGUGAACGCUUGAAUACAGAAAAAUCAAAUGAUCGUGGUACCAGUGCUGAUGAGAGUACUUAUCAGUUGGUGGAUCCAAUCCAAGUUGAAAUGCUUCUUGGGAAAGCCUACUCUGAUUGGGGACACGUCAGUGAUGCUGUAUCUGUUUAUGAUCAACUCAUCUCCAGCCACCCUGAUGACUUUCGAGGUUACCUAGCAAAGGGAAUUAUUCUGAAAGAAAAUGGUAGAGUUGGAGAGGCGGAGAGGAUGUUUAUACAAGCACGGUUUUUUGCACCAGAGAAUGCCAAGGCACUGGUAGAUCGUUAUUCAAGACGGUGACAAUCUGUUCCAACUCAAAGACUGGUGUCGCCACCCCCCGCGGUCGUCGGAACCAACUCCAACAUUAUUAGAAUCUCCCCGUUCGGCAACCCUUUGAGUUGGAAGAAACUUGUUGUAUGUCAUGUUUUUAUAUUGUUACAAUAUACCAUUUACAUUGUAGGAAAUACCUUUUGUGUUCUACAUGUGACUAUCAUAGAAUUCCCGUAUAAGGUGCACUGCACCCUCUUGGAUGCCAAUAUCCAAAGAGAUAACCGUCCCCCAUUUCCUGCUCUAUUAAUUGUUUUAUGGCUUCAUCAAGUCUCUAUUAAUCCCAGUUUUGUUUUGUUCC